GGCAUCGAGACGGUGCGGCGGGACUGGUCGGACCUGGUGCGGCAGGGCUUGGACCAGACGCUGCGGCUGCUGCUGAGGCCCGAGGGGGGCGGCGAGGCUGCCGCGGUGGACCACGUGCAGAAGCUCUGCGCCCAGGUUCGCCAGCAGAAGGUGGACAUCGGGAAGCUGAUCAUCUCGAAGUCUCUCGGCCGGGAGGACUACGCUGCGAAGCAGCCCCACGUGGCCGUCGCGGAGAAGCUGCGCAAGCGGGACCCGUCCACCGCCCCGUCCAUAGGCGACCGGGUGCCCUACGUCAUCUGCGCGGGCGCCGCCCGGGCCUCCCUGUGCGACCGGGCCGAGGACCCCUUGCACGCGCUGGAGAGCGAGCUGCCCAUCUCGGCG